CAAUCGCUGCCCGGCAUGCCCGCUCCGCCGCGGGGCCAGACGCGGCCACUUUUUGUCCUGCUUUGCUUGCUGAGGCUGCGGCGCGGCGGCCAAGGUGACUCUGAGCUACAUAAGGCGGCCCGGGACACUUCGCGGCAUCAGACACUGUCCUGCUUCUGCUGCCACACCAACAUGAGGGUCCUGAGCAUCAUCCUGCUGGCCGUGGUGCUGCUGGUCGGCCUGGUCGCCGGUCGCCCCAACGAAAUCAUCGACGUGGACACUGACGCCUUCGAGCACGAGCAGAAGGGCGUGGCGGGCUCGGCGGUGCACGGCGAGUACGAGGCCCUUGACGCCCACGGCAACGAGUACGAGGUCAAGUACGUGGCCGACCACCUCGGCUUCCGCCUCGUCGACUAGACGAGGACUCACGCCGGCUGCCGGCUCUGUCGCCUCCCACUGUCUCUCGUCCGCUGUCACAACAACUCUUGAAAAAUAAAACUGUCCCGGUAA